AGCACAUCUGUGCUUUCAUUUUCCUUGACUCGUCUUGCUCUCCUCCCGCAUACAGACAUCUUUGACCGGCUUGUUCAGUAAUUCCUUGCCAUUUGUCUGUCAACAACAUUCUAUUUCUCGUCACCAGCCUGCGCGCAAAUGGUCUGAACUGUUGCUCUAUAUGCUUUCGGCCUUUAAUUCCUCACACCUAUGAUGGUGCUUGGCAUCUCAAAUAUAUGAGGACACUCAGUAUAUCAAUGCAUGUUAGUAUUAUUUGUGUGGCUUUUCUGCAGCAGAUUGAUAGCAAUUGUGUAGAAAUUUGUUUCGUCAGUCACUAUUGUCCUGUCUGUACAUAUGCACUGCAUAUCUGUGGUACUUCGGUAACCCGCUUGCUUCGUGCCUAUACUUGUCUGUGCGCGUUGUCUUUGGACUCGUUUUCACUCGUCCAUGUGCAUUUCCGUUUAUUCCAACUUGUUUGCAUCAGUCAGCACUCAUUUGCACCUGCUGCCGCUCAUUUUUUUGUUCAUACCUGCUGUUACUUGUUGCAGAAUGUCUGUACGUACCCUCCACAUUUCCGCUUCUUUCUGUCUGCCGCCAUUUGUCUUUCAUUACCUGCCCUUGUAGUAUGCACCUGCCACCAUACAUCAUUACUCGUUUGCACACGUCAAAAAUUGUCUGCACGAUCGAGAAUAGCUGACUCGCCCGUAGAUGGUGCUGUGCUAUAGAUUACAUUGAUUUCCAGGUGGAGUCUUUGGGAUCUUGUUUGGG